UUGCACUUCGCUUACUUAUCCGCUUACUCGUUUAAAACCAAAUAGCCUUAACUCUAAUAACAUAUUUAUUGAAUUUUGAACUUUAAACCUUUAAAUUUCGACUCAAAAUGAAACAAAUAUAACUCUUCACUUGUUUCAUAUUAAUUUUGAACACAGUUUGCACUCGCGAAUCGUGCCGUGUGUACGAUGAAUGCAUUAAAAUGAUUUUGAGUUUUAUUUUCAUAUGGUUAUAGUUCAAAUUGGAAUGUAGAACAGAUUUUACUUUUUAAACGAUUUCUGCAAUAGCUCAGUCAAAUCGGAAUCUCAAGCAACUGUGAACGUGUUGUAUUUCGAGAUUUUAUAUUGAAUCUUAUGUGUUUGGUUAUAAAGUUGAAUAUGCUUUGUUAGGAACCGUGUGAAUUUUUAAGAAGUGAACGAAAUUGUACCAUAACUUUAUUGUACUGAAGUUCUUUUUUUUAAGUAUUUGUGUUAGUGAUGAUAUGUUUACUGAUUGGGGAGACGGAGCAGGCCCUGGUGGCGGUUCGAAUCCCGAUCAAGGGCAUGACUUGCCAGUCCUGCGUUCGGAACAUUGAGGGCACUAUCCGUGGACUGCGGGGCGUCGAGUAUGCUAAGGUGGAGCUAUCAGAGAACGCGGGUUACUUCCGUUAUGUGCCGCGAGAGUGCAGCGCGGAGGCGAUCCGCGAGCGAAUAGAAGACAUGGGCUUCGACACGCAAGACACCGCGCAGGACGAGACUAGAAAUCUCCUACCGAAAGAAAUCCUAACAGAUCUGCUGAUCGACAUGUCAGCUGCCGAGGAAAGCGAUGUCCUCAUCAUGGUUGGCGGCAUGACAUGCCAGUCUUGUGUCAACACUAUAGAAGGUGCUCUAAAAGAAACCCCAGGCGUAAUCCACGCAACAGUAGACCUCGCGUCCGGCACAGCCAGAGUCAGAGCUACCAGGUCUGCUCUCACGCCGCAACAGAUCGCAGAUAUCAUCUACGAACUAGGCUUCGACACGUCCAUCAAGAGUGUGGAUGGAGUGGAAACCAGUGGUGAUAGUGAACCGAAUUCACAAGGCAAAGCCAACCAAGAAGCUUCAGGUGACGGCGUGCUAGUCAGACCUUCGCCGGCUAAGAAUAAAACACAAACUAAUGGCAAAGUACCAACAGAACCGGAGUUAACGCGAUGUACGCUAGAAGUUAAAGGCAUGACCUGUGCGUCCUGCGUAGCAGCUAUUGAGAAACACUGUUCAAAGUUAUAUGGUGUGGACUCCAUUCUAAUAGCCCUCCUGGCAGCCAAGGCGGAGGUCAGCUACGCCCCCAGGAAGAUCUCUGCGACGGACAUCGCAAACAGUAUAACUGAACUCGGCUUCCCUUCUGAAGUCAUCAGCGUGGACGACGGCACCGGGCUCAAGGAGAUACAACUCACGAUACGCGGCAUGACGUGUGCGUCGUGCGUCAACAAAAUAGAGAAGACUGUACUUAAACUGACCGGCGUGGCGUCCUGUUCCGUGGCUCUCACUACUAGCAAAGGAAAGGUAAAAUACGACGCAGAGGUUAUAGGCCCCCGGACGAUAUGCGAGGCGAUCAACAACCUAGGUUUCGAGGCGACCGUGGCUAAUCCGAACAGCAAGGGCGCUUCCAACUAUUUAGAACACAAGGAAGAAAUAAAAAAAUGGCGGAACGCGUUCCUAAUAUCCCUCCUGUUCGGUGGGCCUUGUAUGGUGGCCAUGGCCUAUUUUAUGGCCAAUAUGGGCCACCACCAUGACCCGAGGGAGAUGUGCUGUGUACUGCCUGGCCUGAGCUUAGAAAAUCUCAUUAUGUUCCUAUUGGCUACUCCCGUUCAGUUCAUCGGCGGCUGGCAUUUCUACAAGCAAGCUUACAAGGCGUUAAGCCACGGCACUUCCAACAUGGACGUACUCAUCUCUAUGACCACCACUAUAAGUUACGCGUACUCUCUAGCCGUGGUGGCGGCGGCGAUGGCGCUGCAGAAAGACACGAGUCCCAUGACGUUCUUCGACACGCCGCCCAUGUUACUGGUGUUCGUGUCUUUGGGACGGUGGCUCGAGCACAUCGCCAAGGGUAAAACAUCAGAAGCCCUAUCGAAGCUGCUGUCUCUAAAGGCGACGGAGGCCGUCCUGGUAAACCUCGACGCGAACGGACAAGUCCUCAGCGAGAAGAACAUUCCCGUAGAGCUGGUGGAACGAGGGGACGUGCUGAAAGUAGUGCCCGGAGCGAAAAUCCCAGUGGACGGCAAAGUGAUAUCCGGACAGAGCACGUGCGACGAGUCUCUUAUCACUGGGGAAUCUAUGCCCGUCGCCAAAACUAAAGAUUCCCUGGUAAUUGGAGGCAGUAUCAACCAGCACGGGGCUUUGCUCGUAUCCGCCACUCACACAGGCGAAUGCAGCACUCUGGCCCAAAUAGUGCGACUGGUAGAAGACGCACAGAGCAGUAAGGCCCCCAUACAGCGUCUGGCAGACACUAUAGCAGGGUACUUCGUCCCGAUAGUAAUAGGGCUAUCUCUCCUUACUUUGGUGUGCUGGAUCAUCACGGGGGCUAUAAAUGUGGACGAAAUCAAAAAGAUCAUGCCGGAUUCCUACUUAAAUUCUGGCUUUUCCGACUGGGAAUUAAUCGUACAAACCGCGUUCCACUUCGCACUGAGUGUACUAGCCAUAGCGUGCCCCUGCGCGCUGGGGCUAGCGACGCCCACGGCCGUCAUGGUGGCUAGCGGCGUCGGAGCGAGGAACGGACUGUUGGUUAAGGGAGCUGAGCCGCUUGAGAACGCUCAUAAGGUGAAAACGGUGAUCUUCGACAAGACAGGCACCAUAACAUUGGGCCGCACCGCCGUGGCGGCUGUGUCGCUGCUGACCGGCCGCGCCGACUCGUUACACGAGGUGCUGUCAUGUAUACUGGCGGCCGAGCUCAACUCGGAGCACCCUGUGGCUUCUGCGAUCGUGAAGUUCUGCCGUAGCGUGUUAGGCGAUGCGCCACCCGCGCCGUGCGCCGGUUUCGUGGCCGCGCCCGGCUGCGGUUUACGCGCUAGAGUCACUCUCCCUCCUCGGCCGCCUGUUGACAUGCCCAGAUACGAGGCCGGAUCUACGUUCGUCGUGGCCGGGGUGCCGGUAGAAGUGGUGGGCAGCGAAGGCGACGCGGCGCUCAGCUCAGCGCAAGCGCAACACAGGCUCAGCGCGCUCAUACCUACUGACGAACGGGAAGUGGUAGUGCUGAUAGGGAACAGAGAGUGGAUGGCUCGCAACGGCGUGAAGGUCGGACGGAAAGUUCAGGAGAAGCUCAACGAUGACGAGCAACUGGGCAGGACUGCGGUCCUCGCCGCCAUUAAUGACCAACUAGUAUGCACGAUAGGCAUAGCGGACGAAGUGAAACCAGAAGCGCAUCUAGCCGUGUACUGCUUAAAGAAGAUGGGGCUCGAAGUGUGUCUGCUCACUGGCGAUAAUAGGAAGACUGCUGUCGCCAUAGCGAGACAGGUGGGAAUCAACAAGGUUUAUGCGGAAGUGCUGCCCUCACACAAGGUGGCCAAGAUUCAGAAACUGCAGGAGCAAGGACAAAAAGUCGCUAUGGUGGGUGACGGAGUGAACGACUCGCCAGCUUUGGCGCAGGCUGAUGUUGGUAUCGCCAUCGCGAGCGGCACUGACGUGGCGGUUGAGGCGGCUGACAUCGUCCUCAUGAGGAAUGACCUGCUAGAUGUGUAUGCGUGUCUGUCUCUGUCCCGCGCGUGCGUCAGACGCGUGCGUCUAAACUUCCUGUUCGCGUCGGUCUACAAUCUACUCGGCAUACCGCUGGCGAGCGGCGCGCUGGCGGUCUUCGGUCUACAAUUGCAACCAUGGAUGGCGUCGGCGGCGAUGGCGAUGAGCUCCGUGUCUGUAGUCUGUUCCAGCCUGCUGCUGAAGACAUUCAGGAAACCAACGAUAGAAGAGCUUCGUACGCCCGAGUACUUACAGUCCAUAAGGUUAGAAGACUUGGACAGCGUCUCUGUACACAGAGGUUUAGACGAGAGAAUCGACAUCGGGGACCGAGGGAACUCGCCUAUUGCCAAAUUGUUCAACAGACACAAAAUAAGUGACGGCUGCCUGUUGCAAGAAGAGGACGAUCUCACUGUCUCUUUCAUUCCCAAGAGGCCCACUAAAGAGCAACCCAGUCUCAACGAUUGAGCGUUUCACGCGAGUUGAUCGUGUGAAUCGGACUGACAUAUUAUUAAACUGUUAUAGAUAUCAUAUAUUAGAGAAACAGUUCUGUUUUUAACAAAAAAGACACGGAUACUGUAGUUGCUACGUAUAAGGCGAGACGACUAAACAAAACUAAUUAGUCCCGUCAAUCAGAUUAUCAAAGAAUAUUAGACACGUAUUUUUGCUUUUUUUCUCGUAAACGACAAAUGACGGUACAGUGCGUUGAAGU